AUUGUUCUUGGCAUUGGCAACCCAGAUGGGUCUUCAUAAUUUUUAAAGUGCUUGUAUGCCUAUUCUAAGUAUUGUAAUACUUUGCAUGUAGUAUAUGGUACCUUGGAAAGAGUCAGAAAUACAGUACAUAGUCCCUCUGAGCUCUGGCUCCACAACUGGUAACAUGGCUAAACGUACCAAGAAGGUUGAAAUUGUUGGUAAAUAUGGAACAUGUUAUGGUGCAUCCCUUAGAAGAAUGGUGAAGAAAAUUGAGAUUAGCCAGCAUGCCAAAUAUACCUGCUCUUUCUGUGGCAAGACCAAAAUGAAGAGACAGGUUGUGGGUGCUGGGAAUUAUGGAUCCUGUAUAAAAACAGUAGCUAGUGGGGCAUGGACCUACAAUACCACCUCUGCCGUCACAGUCAAAUCUGCCAUCAGAAGACUGAAGGAAUUGAAAAACCAGUAAAAUCUUCUCAUCAAAUAUCUCUAGCCCAUAGUCAACAAUAAAUGGGUUAAUUUAUGGAAUAAAAAUCACUUUGGUUCUUUAAAAAAAGAAAUAGAGUAUAUUGAACUUUGGAUUUGGAGUCAGGAAAACAAAAUUCAAGUCUCCUCUCUACCACUGUGUGAUCGUGAACAAAUCAGUUCCCCUCUCCUAGCUUCAGUCCCCGUGUCUCUAAAAUGGGGAUAAUAUCUGCCCCACUUA